AUGUCACACCCUGCUGACAUCAAAUGGUCUGGACCUCCUCCAUGUUCUCCAGUUUUGUUGCAGAGGGCGGAGUCUCAGUAUGAUGUCAUCGAUGCAGCCCUACCCCCACCAGCAGGGGCCACCCAGGCCCUCCUCGAGGGCAUGUACACAGAGUUGUCACGCAGACAUGGUGGUUGUCAGCAGCUGGUUCUCCUGACCCGCCAGCGCCAUCUUCUGACCCUGACCCGCCAGUUUGUUGUCCAUCAGAUGAACCUCAUGAAUUACAUGAAUAGCAUGUGUGAGCUGUCACAGCAGAGUCCCCCGAUACCGGCCCUCCUGUCUGCCAUGUGCCUGAGGCUGCGUGACGUCACCUCUCACAGCGUGUUACUGCACAGAAGACUUCGGGAUGACCCCUGCCUGUACCCCAUCCCCUCCCCCUCCAUGCAGGACACUAUCAGGAAUAUACCCAGUGUCCUGCUCCUCAUGGUGGUUAAAGCCACCCUCCUCACAGAGCAGUUUAUCCUCCGUGUGCUGCGCAGGGUGGCACAAGUCCCAGCUGAGGUGACUCCAGACCUGUGCCGGUCUCUGACAUUGUACAACCAGGUGGUGGACGACUUAUCCAAGCGAGCACGACCAUUGGCAGAACUGCGGCCAUUUUGUCUGAGCCGGACAUUGGAGAUAUUGGCAGAAGGGAGAAGCCGAGUGAUGGCGGUGGAGUUGUGUCGGAUGUGGUCUCGGUGUGGUCUGGAAGACACGUUGAGGAGAGAGAUGGAGACCGAUAUGAACCAAGCAGCUGAUCCUGAUCUUAAUACAUCCUAUAGUCUGCAGAAGAAGAGUCAGGGGGUCCCAGGUCAGAGAUCACCCAGCAGAAUGGGAGUCCUUGUCCAAGAGCACAGGAGUCAGGUAGUCCCAGGUCAGAGGUCACUCAACAGUCUGGGGGUCCUUGUCCAGGAGGACAGGAGAGAGAUAGAGUCCCACAUGAACCAAGCUACAGAUCCUGUUCUUAGUCCAUCCAAUAGUCUGCAGAAGAAGAGCCAGGUGGUCCCAGGCCAGAGAUCAACCAGCAGUUUUGGGGUUCUUGUCCAGGAGGACAGGAGUCAGGUGACCCCGGUUCUACAGAUCCUGGUGAGCUUGGAUCUGAAGAUGUGGAAUCAAGUCCCGAGUACCUCACAACCUGCUAUGUAUAGUCAGUACUGUGCCUGCCUGUGGCCAGCCCUCUGUUCCCAUGUCUUCCAUGCUGUCUGUCUGGGGAUGAGGGGACCGAGGGCACUACCAGCUCUGCUGUCACUUCCUGAGGGGUUGUGUGCAUCCGCUGUCCACGUACUGCGGGAUACAUUCAUGUCAGGUAUGCAAUGA